AUGACACAAAAACUGCUGUCACCCUUAAUAGUCUGCUACCCUACCUCCCUUACCCUAUUACAUAUAGGGAAUAAGAUUUUGUAUAAGAUUUUGUUAUUAUUGUUGUUGUUUCUUGAACCUGGAGAAUCAAAUGAGAAAACCAAAAUCAAGGGAAAAACUAAAAAGCAGGAUGAUGACAACAAAGUGGAGGAUAAGGGGCUGGUGUUUUUUGAGGAAGACGGAAAUUCAGGUGAGGAUGUGAAGGAGAAGGUUACUGAGAAGAAGGUGGAGGAGUUUUUCAAGUGUUUGAAAAAGGUCCCUAACAAGGAAACCGAGCUCAGUGCUGGGGAGCCUUACCUUGUUAGUAGGAGUACUGAGCUGCCCCCAAGAUGGGAUGGUCCACAUGGGACUGUGGUUUUGGUGAAUAAGCCCAAAGGGUGGACCUCAUUUACUGUUUUUGGCAAGCUGCGUCGCUUAGUCAAAGUGAAAAAGGUAGGGCAUGCUGGAACGCUUGAUCCUAUGGCAACUGGUCUAUUGAUUGUAUGUGUUGGUAAAGCCACUAAGUUGGUAGAGAGAUACCAAGGAAUGGAGAAGGGAUAUAGUGGAGUGUUUCUCUUAGGGGAGGCUACUUCAACUUGGGAUGCUGAUUCACCUGUCAUUCAACGUGAGCCUUGGGAGCAUAUCAAAGAUGAGGACAUAAAGAAAACUGCUGCAUCCUUCUGUGGGGAGAUAUGGCAAGUGCCUCCCAUGUUCUCUGCAAUCAAGGUUGGAGGUGAAAAGAUGUAUGAAAAAGAAAGAAGAGGAGAGAGUGUUGAACUAUCACCAAGACGAAUUUCAAUUUUCCAUUUUGAGAUUGAGCGUAGCUUAGAAGAUAGACAAAACUUGAUUUUCCGGGUCACAUGUUCAAAAGGAACAUAUAUCCGGUCAUUAUGUGCAGAUUUUGGGAAGGCUUUGGGUAGUUGUGCUCAUUUGACGGCUCUGAGAAGAGAUUCAAUUGGAGAGUAUGCAGUGGACGAGGCAUGGGAAUUCAAGGAACUAGAGGAAGCAAUCACUAAAGGGAAUUUCUAACUUCCUUCUGCAUCUCCAUACUUUCAAGAGUCAUAACAUUGAUGUUGGUCAGAGAGCAUCCAUCUUUGAGCAUUUGACAGAGAAUUCUUUCUCCCCCAUAUUGUCGUGUAACAAUUAAAAUUGCCUUUAAAAGUUUAUAUUCGAUACCUUUAUUUGUUUUUGGCUAGUUUUACAAGGUAAUUUUCCAAGUUGGUUUAGAUUUUUCAGUUCCUUUGAAGAGGCG